AUGCGCCAAACCCCCAGCUCUGCGACUCCUAAGUACGGCCCUUUAGAUCCGAACGAUGCCAUGCCUGAAAGCGACCCCGACUCGGUGAUCCCGGCGCAGCUGUCCUUCCUCGCCAUCUACAACCCAACCCUCGGACCCACCGAUGAAACGUUGGAGGACCAGAUCGUCUUCUACACUUCGAGAUCCGAACUCAAGCGAACAGAGGGCUCAGCAAGUGAAGAAGCCGGUGCGGUGCCACCUCUAGAGAAUGGAAAGAACGAAAGGCUGCGCCAGAUAGGUCUGGCGCAAGGGAUGGUGAGCUUUGCCAGUAACUUCUCAACGGGAAAGCCACUGGAGUAUGUUGAGACCGAUAGAGCGAGAUUUGUUCUUUUGGAGUUGGAGCAGGACUGGUGGAUCGUUGCGUCUAUCGACUUAACUCGUCUACCUGCCGACUCGAGCCAUGCUUCCUCCACUGGGAAUGGAGAAACAUCUGCAUAUCAUUAUUCGGCAAGAGAAAUGGGGCCUCCUCAAUUACUCCUGCAACAACUGCGCCGCGCCCACUCGGUCUUCCUCCUUCACCACGGCGUCUCGCUAGAAGAGCUCUAUGGACGUGUUGGUCGCCCCGCAUUCUGUUUAUUCGUCGAGCGCUUCUGGGAAAAAUUUUCCUGGAACUGGGAGCUUCUUCUGACGGGAAACCCUAUCGUGGAGAUCUAUAAUGGAAUCAAACUCGCUGCAGGCGGAGAGCUGGGCAUUGGUGUUGGAGAGGAAGAGUGGGGAAGUGGUGAAAGAGAAGUCCUCGAAGACUUUGUCUCCCGGACAGACGGUUUGCUGGAUCUAGUCGUAUCUAGAUUUGGCGAGCCCGCUCGACAAAGAGAUGAUUCCACGCCGGCAUCAAAAACUGGUGAUGAGGAUGUCUGGUUGGGGCUGGACACAGAUCCCCGACCAGCAGAUGGUGUCGUCUUUUCUGGGCUUGGAAAUAUUUCCCGGUCCUCCUUAGCCAAUAUCUCGCACUGGAUGGAAUGGAUCUACAGAUAUGGCGACGCAGCUUAUGGAGUAGGGCGGGACCCGAACUCGCUGCGUCGACGGAGACCACGAAGACGGGACAAGCAGCCAUCUGGAAAUCCCACUUCUCCUAAAGCUACCGCGCAGCCUUCUACUCCCUGA